AUGUCCUCUCCAAUUUUGCACAUAGUGAAGCCAAACGUGGCCACGCCGAGCACUUCUGCUCCUGUGGGGCCGGUCAAGGUUUUGAUCCAGGCUCCCGCUCUGAUGCAGCUCAUUGACGCCGUGUAUAUGGACAACGAAGAAGACCUCACGAAAAGCAGAACUAUUGGAACUCUGCUUGGAACCCGUUCUGAUGACGGAUCUGAGCUGGAGGUCAAAGAGUGCUAUAUUGUGCCUCACAAGGAGGAAGCUGAGGAGCUCACAAUCGAAGAAAGCCAUCAUAUUUCCACAUAUCAGCUCUUGAAAAGAGUGAAUCCAGAACUGCUAAUUGUCGGCUGGUUCUCCACCAACCCUGUGCUUGACUCGUUCACCGGUCUUUUCCAGGAGUUCUACUCCAAGGGAUCUUGUUUUCCCCACCAGCCCAUCCAUCUGACUCUUCAGACCAAAGACGACAACGGAGACAUCAUAUCGCCAAUUCUGAAAACAUACAUCUCGUCCCCGGUCGGAGUGCCUGCCAACUCCAACCUGGCCAACCAAAUUGGAAUUGACAAGAUCGGCUCUUUUGCAUUUACUCCUGUCCCAAACGAAGUCAUCUACUCCAAGACUGAGCUCACCACGCUGAAAUAUCUUAAUAAAGGUGUCCAAACCGAGUCCAGAGCAGUGGAUCUUCUGGGUCAAGACGAACUCAAACAAAUCUCUGGAUCCGUCGCCAACGUUGCCAGUCUGCUCGAGACGCUCCAGGCCUAUGUUCAAAAGGUCAUCAAGGGCGAAAUCAAGGGAGACCAGAACGUUGGAAAGAGACUCCUUGAAACUCUCAACACACAGCCAAGCUCCAUCGACCCUGACCAGUUGCACUCCAUGUUACAGAACCAUGCCGACGAUGCCUCGCUUGUCGAGUACCUUGCCUCGUGUGUGAAGCAGCAACUCGAUCUCAGUGCCAAAUUGACCAACUUUAUGACUCCUGAAGAGAGCGCAAAAUAG